CGACUCCCAAUAAAUGGUAGAAGAAUGCGACCUAUUAUGGGACAUAGACCGCAUUACAAACGUAUGAUCAUUACGCUUCAACCGGGUUAUUCUAUUCUACCUCUUAGAAAAGAACUUAAAUAAAAAUACACUUAAUAGCAUGGCGAUACAUUUAUACAAAACUUCUAUCCCGAGCACCCGCACACGAAAUCGUUUGAUUUAUGGACAGCAUCAUUGUGGUAAAGGCCGUAAUGCCAGAGGAAUCAUUACCGCAGGGCAUAGAGGGGGAGGUCAUAAGCGUCUAUACCGUAAAAUUGAUUUUCGACGUAAUGAAAAAGACAUAUAUGGUCGAAUCGUAACUAUCGAAUACGACCCUAAUAGAAAUGCACACAUUUGUCUCAUACACUAUGGGGAUGGUGAGAAAAGAUAUAUUUUACACCCCAGAGGGGCUAUAAUUGGAGAUACCAUUGUUUAUGGUACAGAAGUUCCUAUAAAAAUGGGAAAUGCCCUACCUUUGACCGAUAUGCCCUUAGGCACGGCCAUACAUAACAUAGAAAUAACACUUGGAAAGGGUGGACAAUUAGCUAGAGCGGCUGGUGCUGUAGCGAAACUGAUUGCAAAAGAGGGGAAAUCGGCAACAUUAAAAUUACCUUCUGGAGAGGUCCGUUUGAUAUCAAAAAACUGCUCAGCAACAGUAGGACAAGUAGGGAUCCUGGUGUCAACGGAUCCUCUGAAGGUGGGAGCGGUGGGUUUCCGACUGGGAACAGAUGGUGGAGGGUGGCGACGGCGUGCUUUGUGCCGGCGAAGGUUGGCGACGCCGGAAAACAUCGUUGAUGAUGAGGGAAGAAGAAGCGACAUUCAGAAUGAAGAAGAGAAGAGUUAA